UGUUAUAAGUUAAAUCAAAUGGAACGCCUUUUUUAUUGAACCGUUCUAUUUGAUUUUACUAUAGAAAAGUAAAUAAAUAUUAAAUUUGACUUUAUAUUAUAGGAUGGUGUUAUGAGAUAAGCGUUCUAUUUGGUUUUAGUAAUAAAAAAACGCAGUGGGCGUGCAGAUUCCCGUGAGGCCAAAUAUUUAGUUUUUGUAAAAAAUUAACUCUAACUAAAAUAAAGCCUAUGGCAUUUUACCAAAAGGGAAAAAGGAUAAAAUAAUAAAUAAAAAAAGUAAAAACCCUUUGACGUUGAAACUCCAAAACUUCCUCUCAACCUCCACGACUCCACCUCCAUAACUGCAAUUCUUCUCCACCGUUUAUCCACCGGCUGCCGCUUCUCCGAUCCUUUCCAAUUCAUCAAUAGGCGCUUCUCAUCUCAGAAACAUAGAAGCCAGUGUUUUGAAAUGGAUAAAAGUUGGAUUACAACCAAAAAAACUCGGAGACCCAGAAUAUGAUGCCGGGGUUGUCGAAUUUAUUAAAUUUGCAGUUACGAAUAGUGAAGGUCGUGAUGUUAUUCUGUGUCCUUUCCAUAUCUGCCAUAAUCUUAGUUAUCACAAGGUUGAUGUAAUACUUGCUCAUUUGAGUAAAUGGGAAUUUGAUCGAACAUAUACUUGUUGGUAUCGCCAUGGAGAAAGUAGAGUAGGAACUUCAUCAAUGGGUGAAAAAAUGGAUAAUUCUAAUGUUCAUGGUGAAUAUGAGGGUGAUAACUUAGAUGACAUGAUAGAUGAAUUUAAGGAAAGGGUUGAGAAUGAUCCUGAUGUGACCAUUGAGGAUUUGAUAAGUGAUUUCGAGAAGCCCUUAUAUGGAGGUUGUGACAAGUACACAAGAUUGUCUGGUGUACUUAAGUUGUACAAUAUAAAGGCGGGUCAUGGCUAGACAGAUUUGAUCUUUAAUGCAUUACUUGAGUUUUUGAUUGACAUGCUUACUCCUAAUAAUGUUUUGCCGAGUUCUACAUAUGAGGCAAAAAAAAUAUUGUGUACAAUGGGCUUGCGUUAUGAUAGAAUUCAUGCUUGUCCUAAUGAUUGCAUACUGUACCGAAAAGAAUAUGAAUCUCUUAAGAGUUGCCCUCAAUGCAAUGUCUCAAGAUACAAAAUAACAGAAGGAGUUCCAGCUAAGGUGUUACUGUACUUCCCAAUUAUUCCAAGAUUCAAACGUAUGUAUUCGAAUCCUGGAGAGGCAAAGAAAUUGACAUGGCAUGAAUUUGGGCGGAAAAAAGAUGGAUUACUUAGACACCCAGCUGAUUCUCCACAAUGGAAGUCUAAUGAUGACAAAUGGGAUGAUUUUGGUCGUGAAGAACGAAACCUCCGCCUUGCAUUGUCUACUGAUGGAAUGAAUCUAUAUGGCUCUCUAAGUAGCACCCGUAGUACUUCGCCAGUUAUGUUGGCCAUUUACAACUUGCCUCCCUCCUUAUGCAUGAAAAGAAAAUACAUAAUAUUGUCAAUGAUAAUUCCUGAACCAAAACAGCCCAGAAAUGAUAUUUGUGUGUACUUGGCGCCUCUCAUUGGAGAUUUGUUAUUGUUGUGGGAGAUGGGGGUGGUAGUGUUUGAUGCUAACUGAAAUUUUUUCAAUCUGAGAGCAUUAUUGUUCUGCAUAAUCCAAGAUUUUCUAGCAUAUGGUAAUCUUUCAGGGUAUAGUGUCAAAGGAACCGCUCCUUGCCCUAUAUGCGAAGACCAUUGGAAGGGAGAGUAUAUGAAAGGAUCUAAAAAAACAGUCUACUAUGACCAUCGCCCAUUUCUUCCUUGUGAUCAUUACUAUCGAAGAAUGAAAAAGGCUUUUACUGGAAAACAGGUGUUUGCUAGCCAACCACAUGUCUCUUCUAGCCUUGAAGUGUAUGAAAAGGUUAAAUACAUUCGAAUUACAUUUGGCAAGUUGAAGAAAAAUAAAGAUGUUAUUCCUAAACAGGGGUACAAGAAGUGUUCGGAAUUGUAGCGCCUUCCUUAUUGGAGAUUUCUCUAUGUACGACAUUGUUUAGAUGUGAUGCACAUUGAGAAGAAUGUAUGUGAUAGUCUGAUUGGCACUUUAUUAGACAUUAAUGGUGAGACAAAAGAUAGUAAAGGUGCUCGGUUAGAUUUAGCAAAAAUGAAGAUUAGAAGUGAGCUUCAUGCUAUUAAGUCUGGAGACCGUUCAUAUUUACCUCCUGCUGUGUAUACACUAUCUAAGAAAGAAAAGACAGAGCUUUGUGCAUCCUUAGCUGGGGUAAAAGUGCUUGAGGGUUUUUCUUCUAACAUAUCAUCUCUUGUUUCAAUGCAAAAUUUGAAACUUGUGGGUCUUAAGUCUCAUGAUUGUCAUGUUUUGAUGCAAUAUCUCCUACCUGUUGCUAUUCGUUCUAUUUUACCGAAAAAUUUGCGAUAUGCCAUUAUUAGGUUAUGUUCUUUCUUUAAUGCAAUAUAUAGUAAAGUCUUUAAUCCUAGUGAUUUGGAGUCUAUGGAAACAUAAAUUGUUGUCAUUUUAUGCCAACUUGAGAUGUAUUUUCCCCCGGCAUUUUUCGAUAUCAUGGUUCAUCUACCUAUUGACUUGAUUAGAGAGAUAAAAUAUUGUGGUCCCGUGCAUAUGAGAAGUUCAUGGCCUUUUGAAAGGCAAAUGAAAACAUAUAAGGGAUAUGUUAAGAAUCUUUCUCGACCAGAAGCUUGUAUAGCAGAGAAAAUGGUAUAUGAAUUAGCUAUUGAAUUUAGCGUGGAACUUCUUGGAGAUAUGAAGACAAUAAGGCUUCCAACUUCUUGACACAGCGGGAUAUUAGAUUGUAAAGGAACUAUAGGUCAUAGAAACAGUGACUUGUCUCGAGAUAAAUGGCGUAUGGCACACAUAUAUUCUUCACAAUGAAGAGGAAGUUGUACCUUACGUCGAGCGGUAUAUGAAUCUUUUAAGGAGAAUAAUUCAGAAGGCUAAUCCAAAAGCAGUAGCUGCUGAACAUAACAAAUCAUUUUCCAUCUGGUUCAAGAAUAAGGUAAUGAGAGAGCUUCAAGUUUCAUCAAGUCUGAUUUCAGAUCGUCUUAAAAGUUUGGCUUAUGGACCAGAUUUUCAAGCCACUUUUUAUUCGGGAUAUAUCAUCAAUUGUUGGAAUUUUUUUACAAAGGAUCAAGAUUAUAAGAGUACUAUGAAAAUUAGUGGGGUAUCUUUAGAAGCAGAAGCAAUGCAUUUUUCAAGUGCGAAAGACAAUCGUCCUGUUUUGUGUAAAAUGCAAUAUUAUGGGGUAAUUAAAGAAAUUUGUGAGUUACAUUACUCUGAUUUUUCUGUACCCGUGUUCUGUUGUAAAUGGGCUGAUAACAACAAUAAUGUUGUCCAUGAUGACAUGGGGCAUACUUCAAUGAAUCUUCACAAGAUUGGUCAUAAGGAAGAUCCUUAUAUUUUAGCUUGCCAAGCUAAACAAGUUUUCUAUAUGACUGAUCCACCUUAUAAGAGAAGGUCGAUUGUUAUAGCACCAAGACCUCGCUAUGCCAUUGAUGAACAUGAUGACAAUGUUGAUUUUGAGGAAAGGCUCGGGUUAAAUGAUGAUGUUGUGAAUGAUGAUGUUGAUGCCGAUGAUUCAUUAACAUAUGUAUGCAAUGAUCACGAAGAAGGGAUUUGGGCCAAUAACAAAGAUGGUAAUACUAAAGGACCUCAAAAGCGGCGUCGUUAAACAAAGUGUCCAUAGAAAGUUGGCAAGGCUAUGGAUAUAGAGGAAUUAGAAGAUCAUUUGUGAUAACCUUAACUCUAAACAGAGUUUUGGUUCUUAAUUUCUUAUAUUAGUGCAGUAGCUGGAUUAUUUGGUAUGUGUACUUAAUAGUUAUUUUAUAAUAAUCAAGUUUUCAUUCUUCCCAUAAAAAUUCCUCUAAGAAAUUAAUGUUUCUUGUAACCAAGUAAAGUUAAUAUCCUAAUGUUGACAGGUAGUGCUAUCAUGUGUACGUUUCUCUUUCUUUAACUAUUUAUAUUAAUUGUGCUUAAACCUCAUAAA